AUGGCCGUCACUUCAAAGACUUCAAUUGCUUCAAGAUCUGACACACGCGCCGUUGCACCUGCAGAGACUGGUGAAUCCGGAUAUACUCAAACACUCUAUAUACUCGUCUCCAAGGGAUUUCCACGGGACUCGGAGAGCUCGCGUAUGAUCGACUUUUGUAUCGUCACCAAUGACAGCAAGAAUACCAACACCGUCUACCGACUGGACGGACGCCGUGGACAAUACGGCUUAAAGGUGGUGCCGGGGUUUGGCAACCCUCGGUUACGACCACACUUUCUCCGCCAACUCCAUGUCGCUACACUACCUGUACGCUCACCCAACGACACCACACUCCAUGAACUCGUCAAAGGGAUCUCGAUCAGCAACGAGAAUCCAGAAUACACUCGCUGGAUGUGGAUUGAUAGUGUGCUCGGUGCCUUGUCCGCCGCCAGUUUGAUCAGCUCAGAUGAGGGAACUGGCAUCAUUGACGCGACCAUCGACUGCGUAUCAAGUGCGCCUUACCCUGAUUAA